GGAAACUUUACUCUUAUCUUUUCUUUCGGUAAACAACAAGCAACCAUUUUCCGCACCACCUUUUUAUGUUCACUUUCUAGUCUUCUACCAGGACAAGUUAGCGAACAAUUAAUCUUUCCUUCCGCAGUAAUAGAACCACAACCGGGACAAUUCUUUACUAACUUUUGUCUUUCUUCAUCUCAAAAAUACAUUUUAGUUUGCAAACUAAAACAUAAAAUAAUGUCAACUCGACCUAUUUCUUGUCACAAGCGGGAUUUGGUGGUACGCACUUAUCGUCGUUUAGGCCAGCCUAAUCAGAAGAAAGCCAUUACUCAACCCGAGAUUGCGAAGAUAAUCGAGGCUUUUUUAGUUGAGUUGCAAGCGAGUUUGCUGGCCGGAGAAGUUAUUACUUUGAGGAAUCAUUUUAGCUUAGAAGUAGAAACUUCUCCCCCUCAAAAAAAAUUUAAUCCCCUCCAACUGGACCAAACAAUUAUUCGGCCCGAGUUAAGAAAAGAGAUGAUCCAAGCCGCGAGUUUGUCUGAGAUUGAAAAGAUUUACCGUUUGCUUCACCAACAACCGGUUUAUCAAAAAAACCAAGAGGCUUUGGAUGCUAUUUACCAUAAGCGUUUGGCAGCUUUGGGGAAUAAAGAGGAAUAA